AUGCCACGUUUUUUGCCUAGUCUGAAACAAGGGUUCAGAAACCUUGCUACUACGGUGGAAACAGAGACUGCUUCAUCGCAGCUGAAUACAUCUCGUCAGUCCGUGCAAAGCAGGAUUCUAGAGUGGUCUCGUAAGGCUAUUGAUGAGGGAAAGCCACAUUUCAGGGUUGGUGGUACAGAAGUUUUCUUUCCUAAGGCGAGGGUUAUUCUUUUGAGGCCCAAUGCUAAGCACACUCCGUUCCAAGCGAAGUUUAUUGUUCCAAAAUCGUUCAACAAGUUAGAUUUGAGAGAUUAUCUUUUCCACCUGUACGGGCUAAGAGCACUUAAUGUGACCACACAGUUGUUGCAUGCGAGAUACACACGUGCGACACCAGUUUCGCCUAGAUACCGUACGCCACAGAUCAAGAAGAUGACUAUUGAAAUGGCAGAGCCAUUUAUCUGGCCAGAGGAGCCAGAGGACAAGAGUGCAUGGAAUAUCGAGUUCCAGAAGGAGUUGGAGCAGUACAGAUCUGAUAGGAUGAGACUAGGGUCAGACACAAACAAGCCUUCUGAAGCGUUCGGCGGUGCGUUGGGUCCAUACCCUGAAACAGCCAAGCCAUUUAUCCCAAGAUUUUUGAAGAGAAGACUCAUUAACAAAAAGGAGAGAGAGGCUAAGAGGGAAGAGUACUUGGAGCAGCUUGGAAAGGUCUCCAAGGUUCUAUCUAAAUCGGAACUAGUGUGA